AUGCCCCAAGAUAUCGCCUAUUUCUCCUCAAAGCCUAUCAGCUACGGGCCAUUAGCCCUGGAUGCGUUACCUUUCAGCCCUCAGACUACUCCUUGGUGUGAGGUGGGCUCCAACGAAGCCAAUGAUUGGAGGGUCCUUCUUCUUCUGGCAUCUACCAGUGCUCGCCACCGCCGUUUUAUCUUUUUGACCACCUUCUAUGCUUUGAGCGGCCUUCAAUACUAUACUUGGGAGCACAGUCCUAUGAUCAACGACUCGUUUGCCUUCUUGACCCCAGCAGUUCAGGUUUGUGACUCAUGGUUCACCUACCACCUCUUCGACUCUUUUUUCACCCUCGUGUUCCAUGAGCAGUAUGGUUCGCUGGACGUGGCGACGCAUUGGCCGUAUUUGUUCAAUGCCCAUGUCCACGUCUCUGCAUUGUUCCUUGCGUAUACCACGGUGAGGAAUGUAGUUAGAUUAUGCGAUAAAGAUGAAUAG